AUUUGUGUUCUGUGUACAUAACCUAAAAUAAAAUCUAAUGCAUGUUUGUGUUGGAAAACUAAUUUUUUUAAAUUUUUUCACUAAACUGAUAAUUUACAACGUUAAUGGCUGAAGAAGAGAGCUUUCCCAGAGGUGGGAAAAUCGUUCGAAAAAGGCCUCAAUAUGAUAAUGAAACGUUAUUUAGUGUUUCAAAACCUCCUAAGGCAAAGAAACCAAAAAAAUCUAAGAAAAAGCAAUUAGGGACAGAUGAAACGUCAGAACCAGUGGUUAGUGUCAAAGGAACACUUUCCUACCAAACAAUUCAAACUGGUAUGGUGAUCUUGGGAUGUGUGAGGCAAAUAAAAAAUUUAGCCAUAGAAGUUGAGCUUCCUGGUCUUUGUUUUGCAACUGUUGGAGUGACACAGAUUUCUGACUCUUUUACCAAAUAUCUCAACCAACAAAUUAAGGCUGGAGAAAUUGAAACUAACAAAAUAUUAAGCAUGAUGUUCUCAGUGGGUGAAUUUCUACCAGUCAAAAUAAUGAACAUAGAGAGCAGAGAAAAAGGCACACACUUGGAAGGAAGCAUAAAUCCGCUUGAUAUUUAUUCUGAAAGGAAUCAUGAUUCAUUUAAGAAAGAAAUGUUGGUGUGGGCGAGUGUUAGCUCAAAAGCUGAUCAUGGUUAUGAAAUGAGUUUAGGUGUAAAGAAUUGCAGGGUGUUCUUACCAUCAAAAAAUAUCAACGAAGGCGUUAACUAUGUAAUUGGAAAGCCCCUUUGGUGUGUUGUGCAUAAGUUUGACGCGACAUCUACAACGUCAACAGUAAGGCUAAGCGCAAAAUAUGAUCACAUCAGAAUAUUGAAGGGUGACGUGGACAAUUUGCACAAUAUAAUCCCAGGCAAUAAAGUUGAAUUUCUUGUUGAUAAGAUUACAGCCCAUGGUCUUCUAGGGAAAUUUUCCGAAAAUUUUGUAGGUUACGUAGACGAAAAUUAUUUAAAAAAGCCCCUUAAUAGGCCCUCUGACUAUCACGAAGGAAAGCUUUUGGCUGCCUACAUUUUAUAUGUGGAACCCAUUACUAAAAUAACUCAUCUAACUUUACGUCCUCCUGAAAAAGAGGAAGAAGUCGAUCUUCCUGUGGGAAAAGUUGUUCAAGCAGAGGUGUUUGGAAAAUCAAAUACUGGGCUCUAUUUUGCGUUGCCUGACAAACAGCGAGGAUACGCGGCUAACAAGAGAUUACUGAGAACGUUAAGCCGCAAUGAAAACAUAAAUAUUUCUGAAGCUGUUGCUUCCAAAUACCCUUUGGGAAGCAAACACCCUUGCAGAAUAAUGGAUUACAAUCACUUGUCAAAAACAUUUAUUUGUUCGCCAGAACACAGUGUCGUGAAAGAAAAUACUUUCGCUUCAACAGAUUUAAUACCUGGACAGCUAACAGUUGUUACGGUAGUUAAUGUAAAAGAAGAGGGAAUAGUAGUUUCAACGGGUCAUGUGAGAGGCUUUGUUCCGAAUUUACACAUAAGCAACAUUGAGUACAGUAGUAAUGUUAAAAAGAAGUUUAAAGUUGGACAGAAAGUCAAUGCAAGAGUAUUAAGUGCAGAAGAAGACAAGGUGUUGUUUACCUUAAAGCCUGCUCUGGUAGAAAAUGAAUUGUGUCUAAAAAAUAUAGAAGAUGCAGAAAUUGGAAACAAAUACCCUGGAGUAGUGUCAAAAGUAUCAGAAAAUGGUACUCUGGUGGUAUUUUAUGGUAAUGUAAAAGGUUGGAUCAGUCAGAAAGGCAUGGGCAAUGAACAGUCGGCUCCGGCAGAAUAUUUCUUUAUUGGCCAAGUUAUAAACCCUUACAUUUGGAAAGUCGAUCCUCCUCAUAUGCAGCUUAGUUUAUUCAAGCCCCAAGUGAAAUCAGCAUUACCGAACGUAGGUGGGCGAUACGUUGGGAUCGUUAGGUCAGUAACUGAGGCUGGUGUUAAUAUUAAAUUGGAGAAUAGUGCGACGAAAGGGUUUAUUCCUAAUGCGCACAUAAGUUGUAGUUUGAACUUAUGUCAAGCAGUGAAAAAAACAAUACAUCCCGGAGACAAAAUAUCGGAUUUGAUGUAUAUUGGAGGUGUGAAACCUCAGAUAUUUUCGAGACGUGAGGGACAAGCAAUUAAAACCAAGCUUCCAAGUUUAGAAGACUUACAGGUUGGAAAAAUUAUUAGAUGUUCAUAUAAAACACGAUCAGAUGAUGGAAUCUACGUUCUUCCAUUAAUUCGAAAUUACACAGAACUAACAUUCAUACCAAAAGAGGCUCUUGAUGAUGAAAUGGACCAACUUAUUGAUUAUCAGCUAUUAUUGGCAAAAAUUAAAAAACUUAAUCUCAAAAACAAAGAGAUAUCUUUAACCGUUAAAUUAAAUGAUGUUUUUAAUAAAAGGGUCGAAAGCGUUAUUGACCUAUUUACCCAAUAUCUUCAAGAAGUAUCGAACUUGUUUCUUUAUGCCAAGAAGCAAAAAUGGGGACUUAGUAACUACACUCCGGGUCAACAUGUGUCAUGUAAAGUGGAAAAACUUGGCGCAGCAGGAGGUUGUGUUGUAUCGUUACCUCAUGGCGUUAAGGGUAUAGCUGUGGCAUCAUUAUGUCCAAAAACGAUAAAAGAAGGCGAACUAAUCUCGGGUACAGUAAUAGGACACGAUUACGAAAAGCAAUAUGUAGAUGUGUGUCUAAAAUCGGACGUAGCCAGUAGAAUAAACCAAAUACAAGAUGGUCAAUUAAAUGGGACGAUUGCAUCUUGCUUGACCGAAAAGCUUUUACAAAAAGACGAUUAUAUUAUUUCUUUAUUGAAACAUCCGGACGGGAAUAAACAGCUGAUAUAUUUACCUAUAAAGUUACACGAAAAUGAUUUGAAAGGCAGUCUUUCUUAUUAUGAUAAUAAGAAAUUUAAAGUGUGUGUUUGCGGUAAGAUGAAGCGAUUUCUUAUUGGUUUGAGCAAAAAGCUUUUUUUGCAUUUGGACAAAUCUUGCAAUAAACAUAAACAAGUUAUUGCGCAAGGAGAGGAACAGACACUUACGAAAAUAUCUAAAAAAGAAAAACCUAGAAGACCAGAUAGGAAACGCAAGGUAGAACAAAUAGAAGAAGUUGCUGAAGUCCCUGUUAGCAGUGAGCGAGAUAGCGGCAUAGAAAAUAGUGAAACCGACGAAGAUCAUAUGGUUGAUGUUGAGUGUGAUAUUACGGAGGAAACUAUACCGGGAAAAACUGAGGAUUCGCCGAAGACUUGCGUCAAGGAAAAGUCUGGGAAUAUUAGUUUACCGGGUAUAUCAAUGUUCUUUAAUCCAGAAAAAAAUGUGGAGGAGGAGGAAUCGUCUUCCGAUGAAGAAACAACUGGUCCAACAGUGAAAAAAAGGAAAAAACUUUCACCAGCAGAAAGAGCAGAACUCUUAAGACAAGAAGAGGAGCGCGUAUUAAAAAUUGAAAGAGAACUCACCGAUCCAACAAGGACACCUGAAAGCGCCGAACAAUUUGACAGGUUGCUUUUGUCAAAACCGGAUUCAGCCGAGCUAUGGACCAAAUAUAUAGCAUUUUAUAUUGCGGCCACAGAAAUUGAUAAAGCGAGAGCGGUUGCCAGACGAGCUUUAACUACAAUAAACAUGACCCUAACGGACGAGAAAUUUAAAAUAUGGAUAGUUUUAUUGAAUUUGGAAAAUAUGUUCGGUACAAAGGAAUCCUUCGAUAGCGUGCUUGAUGAGGCUUUGAAAUUUAACGAUUCAUUACAAGUCUAUUUGAAGGUCAUUCAGAUGCUUGCAGAAAGCGCGAAAUAUAACGAAAUGGAAGAAAAAAUCAUUAAGGCGCGUGCCAAACAUCGGCAAGACCCCACCAUGUGGUUGGAAAUAGGGAAAACGUAUUAUUUGAUAGGGAAGUUCAAUGAGGCGAGAAACUGUAAGGAUCGGGCGCUUAAAUCUAUAACAGAUAAAAAAUCUCAAAUGAACAUCAUCGUACGGUUUGCUAUAAUGGAGUUCAAGCACGGCGAACCUGAACAAGGCUGUGCGAUUUUCGAAACAAUUUUAACAUCGGAUCCGAAAAAAGUGAAUAUUUGGGUGACGUACGUCGAUCAACUGGUGAAAAAGGAUCGCAUAGAUGAAGCGCGCCAGGUUCUAGAGAGAGCAGCUUCUCACAAAUUGCCUCUGAAGUGCAUGAAGUCGCUUUUGCUCAAAUUUAAAAAAUUCGAAGAGGAAUUUGGAACACCGGAAACGGUCGAAGCGGUUAAACAAAGAGCUCAAGAUUAUGUUAACAAAGUGGGAAAGUAGAUUAUUAAAUGAUAUCUGUUUUAACUGA